UAGUGUGAGCCUGACUCCUUAUUUAUACAUUUAUUUAUUUUAUUAAGGCUUAGUGCCAAUAAUUAACUUUAACUACUUAUAUAGCUAGUGUCAGUUAGGGAAAUAAUAUAUAAAGAAAUCGGUAUUUAGUAUCGUGUUUAUUUUAGUGUUGUGUGUAAUCAAAAUGUGUCGUUUGUUAUGUGCACUGUUGUUGUUUGCUGUGUGUUGGGAUGUGGCUACAGCGUUUAUUAAUUUGGCCAACACAGAGUGCGGACUCGACGCCACCCGUCGCGGGCGCAUCGUAGGCGGCGUGGACAGCCUGCCCGCCGAGUUCCCCUGGACCGCCAGCAUCUGGAGACAGGGAGCGCACCAGUGCGGCGCCACCGUGCUGACUGACCGCUGGCUGGUGACCGCAGGGCAUUGCGUGUGCAGUGUCUUUGACGAGUUCUACAAAGCAAAACAACUGAGUGUGGUGGUCGGAGCCACCGACAUCGCCUCUAAAGAUGACAACGAGCCAGUCUCUCACAUCUUACCUCAUCCAGACUACAGAUGCAAUAAGAAGACAAACGAUGUUGCGCUAUUGAAGACCACGAGGCUCCUCAAAUGGAGCAGCAACCUUCGGCCGGCGUGCCUGCCUCAGCCAGUAGCUCCAGACUUCACGGGAACCCUGGCCACUGUCGCUGGCUGGGGAUUCACACAUGAGGACAGAGCUAAAGGUGCGCGGCCGAGCGUUCUCCAGAAGACUGACGUGCAGGUGGUGAGCAACGACGAGUGCAACGACUGGUACAAGUCCCAGGGCACCAAGGUCAAGGUCAUCUCCACGCAGAUGUGCGCCGGACACGAGGACGGCGGCAGGGACUCUUGCUGGGCAGACAGCGGCGGUCCCCUCAUGGUGCACCGCGAGGGCCGCAUGAUGCUGAUCGGCGUGGUGUCCACGGGCAGCGGCUGCGCGCGCGCACGCCAGCCCGGCAUCUACACGCGCCUGUCCCGGUAUACUGAGUGGAUCGCUGGUAUUAUAAGAGGGGAGGAUGGGAAGGGGUUGAGUUGGUAUCCUAGGUCUGGGUAAUAGAGUUAUGAAUCGUUUGGAUGUGGCGGCAGAUGGAGCGACGGACUUGAUAUACACAUUGGAGAGAGAUAAGAUGAUGAGAGAAAUAGAGGUGGGAAUUGUUUAUUUGUUGUACUUAAUGAUGUUUGAAUAGAUGAGACUAUAGUUAUUAAGUUAUAUGAUAUAUGUUUACAGUAAGUUAGGUAUGUAAUGUAAGAAGAGGAAGAUAUGAGUAUUGUUACCGAAA